AUGCCCAGCUGGCCCUGGGGGCUGCUGCUGACGGCGGGCACGCUCUUUGCCGCGCUGAGCCCGGGGCCGCCGGUGCCCACCGACCCCUGCCAUGACGAAGGGGGCACGCCCCGAGGCUGCGUGCCUGGCCUGGUGAAUGCGGCCUUGGGCCGCGAGGUGCUGGCGUCCAGCACGUGUGGGCAGCCACCCGCGCAGGCCUGUGACUCCUCUGACGCGCGGCGGGCACAUUCUGCUACCCUCCUGACUUUCACAGGGGGCACCACAAGCCCUGUGUGCUGGCGUUCGGACUGGCUGAUGCAGGCACCCCUCAACGUGACCCUCACAGUAUCCCUGGGCAAAACUUUUGAGCUGGUGUUCGUGAGCUUGCGCUUCUGCUCCACGCCCCCCACCUCAGUGGCUCUACUCAAGUCGCAGGACCAUGGCCGCAGCUGGGUCCCUCUAGGCUACUUCUCCUCCUGCUGUGACCUGGACUACGGCCGCCUGCCUGCCCCUGCCAAUGGCCCCCCUGGCCCCGGGCCUGAAGCUUUGUGCUUCCCUGAGCCCCAGACCCAGCCUGAUGGUGGUGGCCUUUUGGCCUUCAGCGUGCAGGACAGCAGCCCGCCAGGACUGGAUCUGGACAGUAGCCCUGUGCUCCAAGAUUGGGUGACUGCUACGGACAUUCAAGUAGUGCUCACAAGGCCUGCCACGCUGGGAGAUACCAGGGACUCCGAGGCCGUGGUCCCUUACUCUUACUCAGCCACUGAGCUCCAGGUGGGCGGGCGCUGCAAGUGCAAUGGGCAUGCCUCGCGGUGCUUGCUGGACACCCAGGGCCACCUGAUCUGCGACUGCCAGCAUGGCACCGAGGGUCCUGACUGUGGCCGCUGCAAACCCUUCUACUGCGACAGGCCGUGGCAGCGGGCCACAGCCCGGGAAGCCCACGCCUGCCUUGCUUGCUCCUGCAAUGGCCAUGCCCGCCGCUGCCGCUUCAACAUGGAGCUGUACCGGCUGUCAGGCCGCCGCAGUGGUGGCGUCUGCCUCAACUGCCGGCACAAUACUGCUGGCCGCCACUGUCACUACUGCCGAGAGGGCUUCUAUCGAGACCCAGGCCGUGCUCCAAGUGACCGCCACGCUUGCAGGGCCUGUGACUGUCACCCUGUUGGUGCUGCUGGGAAAACCUGCAACCAGACCACAGGCCAGUGUCCCUGCAAAGAUGGUGUCACUGGCCUCACCUGCAAUCGCUGCGCCCCUGGUUUCCAGCAGAGUCGCUCUCCAGUGGCACCCUGUGUUAAGACCCCUGUCCCUGGACCUACUGAGGAGAGCAGGCCUGUGGAGCCUCGAGACUGCGACUUGCACUGCAAACCCACUCGUGGCAGCUACCGCAUCAGCCUGAAGAAGUUCUGCAGGAAGGACUAUGCGGUGCAGGUGGCGGUGGGUGCACGUGGUGAGACACGUGGCUUGUGGACGCGCUUCCCGGUGGCCGUGCUCGCUGUGUUCCGGAGCGGCGAGGAGCGCGCACGGCGCGGGAGCAGUGCACUGUGGGUGCCGGCGCGGGAUGCUGCCUGCGGCUGCCCACACCUGCUACCUGGCCGCCGCUACCUGCUGCUGGGGGGCGGGCAGGUGGCCACGGUCGGGGAUCCAGGGGGCCGAGGGCCCGGGCUCAGCGCCACCCGCGGGAGUCUCGUGCUGCCCUGGCGCGACACGUGGACGCGGCGCCUUAGGAGGCUGCAGCGGCGGGAGCGACGGGGGCGCUGUGGGGUGGCCUGA